GACAUUGUUUGUUGUGCAGACUUUUGCAGACUUUUGAAAUUCUCGCAGAUUUUUACAGACUUUUGAAAUUCUCGCUGACUUUCAUCUAUAUUUACAGAAAAAUUUGAAAUUUCCGCGACCUUUUUUUUUUUUUUUGCUCGCCAAGUCAGUUUUGCAUGUCAUACUUUAUAGAGAAAUUGCUGCCAGCAAGCCAUACUUGCUGACUGCAGAUUUUUUUUCAGAUUUACAGACCCUGUCUGCAGACAUUUGAAAUUUUUACCUGGCAUCUCUGCUUCCAGUUACAAAUAUCGUGAAUUAAACAAUUAAAAUUUAAAGUAACCGCAUGGCAUCCAAAACGUUGCUAGCGAAAACCCCGGUGACUGAAUUGCAGGAACUGUGCGUCUCUCGUAAGGCUGCUCAUCCGAUUUAUGAAUAUACCGGCGAGGAUUUGGACAAUUCACUUCAAAACACGAGAAUUUUUACUACCAAGGUAACUGCUCUUGGUCUCUGGUGUGUAGGAUAUGGGCGUUCGAAGAAGGAUUCCAAACAUGACGCCGCAUUGAGAUUACUGAAAGAACUAUCCAAGCAAGGUGGCACGGAUAUGGAAGUGGACGACGAUGACCAACAUUAUUUGUCGAUUCUCUCGUCGGACAAGGUCACCGAAGUUCGUGACAUUUGCAUUCAAAGAAACUUCCCGGUACCGGAAUUCGAAUGUGUGCGUAGUUCCGGACCUUCGCAUGCUCCGGAAUUCGAAUUUGAAUGUCGCGUUGGACAAAUUGUGCGGAGAGGGAUUCACAAGACGAAAAAAGGAGCCAAACAAGCGGCGUGUAAUGAAAUGAUAAAAACUUUGCAGGCGAUGCCAGUGGAUGAACACGAAAUGCAGAUUCAAUCGUUGGACAAACAAUUAGAGCAAUCGUUGGUAGAAGAUGAUCACAUAAUUCGCACAUAUCGAGAAUAUAAGAAAUCGGACAUCAAGAAAAAACUUGGUGUGAAACUCAGCGAUCGUCAUCGCUAUUUCGAGGAACUGGAUUCGCAGAAGAUUGAUGCCGCCCGACGUAUUGCGACCGAUGAGCUUAUGUCACAACGGGACAAAAGCACCUUGAUCCCGAAAGCUCUGGGAUUUAAAUUUGAACUGAAAAUGGACGAUAGCACCCUGCAAACCGAGCACGGUCAAAGGCUAUACUCGUUUGAAUUACUUAACACUGAAUACGAUUGCUACAUUAUAGGACGGGACUGUGAAAUAUUCGACACUAUUUACAGCUACUUUAAGAACAUGCUGAAUUUUGAUUAUAUUUCAUGAGUGGGUUAUGUCAGCUUUUGAACUCUACUAUAUUUAAAAGAGAAACAUUGAAUUAUAAAGUCCAGUUAAUGACUUAGCUUGUAUAACAAACAGUACGUAUUAAAAAUACGACCAUAUCGUAUUUAAAUUAUGAAGUCAUUUCUCUUUUCCUCCCAUUAUAAUGAUUGUUAUGUAAUAUUAAUUAAUUUACUAUCUGCAACAAAUGCAGCAAUUCCACGAUGUAAAUACAUCCUUGUGUUGAGGAUAAAAUUUUUGUAAAUUAGAUAAGAUACCAUUGAAAUAAAAUACAGGGGAAACUGCAUCAUUACUCUUAUUCUGAA